AUGGACGAGGAAUACGACGUGAUCGUACUGGGGACCGGACUCACCGAAUGUAUCCUGUCGGGUAUCAUGUCUGUGAACGGGAAGAAGGUGCUGCACAUGGACCGGAACCCCUACUAUGGGGGCGAGAGCUCCUCCAUCACCCCCUUGGAGGAGCUGUAUAAGCGUUUUCAGUUGCUGGAGGGACCCCCUGAGACAAUGGGCCGGGGCCGAGACUGGAACGUUGACUUGAUCCCUAAAUUCCUCAUGGCCAAUGGGCAGCUCGUGAAGAUGCUACUGUAUACAGAGGUGACACGCUACCUGGACUUCAAGGUGGUGGAGGGCAGCUUUGUCUACAAGGGGGGCAAGAUUUACAAAGUACCAUCUACCGAGACUGAAGCCUUGGCUUCCAACCUGAUGGGCAUGUUUGAGAAACGGCGCUUCCGCAAGUUCCUGGUGUUCGUGGCAAACUUUGAUGAGAACGACCCCAAGACCUUUGAGGGCGUUGACCCCCAGAACACCAGCAUGCGUGAUGUCUACCGGAAGUUCGACUUGGGCCAGGAUGUCAUUGACUUCACUGGCCAUGCCCUGGCGCUCUACCGCACUGAUGACUACCUGGACGAGCCGUGUCUUGAGACCAUCAACCGCAUCAAGUUGUACAGCGAGUCCCUGGCUCGGUAUGGCAAGAGCCCGUAUCUGUACCCACUCUAUGGCCUUGGCGAGCUGCCCCAAGGCUUUGCAAGAUUGAGUGCCAUCUACGGGGGGACGUACAUGCUGAACAAACCGGUGGACGACAUCAUCAUGGAGAAUGGCAAGGUGGUGGGUGUGAAGUCCGAGGGCGAGGUGGCCCGCUGCAAGCAGCUUAUCUGUGACCCCAGCUAUGUUCCCGACCGCGUGAGGAAGGCUGGCCAGGUUAUCCGUAUCAUCUGCAUCCUCAGCCACCCGAUCAAGAAUACCAACGAUGCCAACUCCUGCCAAAUCAUCAUCCCCCAGAACCAGGUCAACAGGAAGUCAGACAUCUACGUGUGCAUGAUCUCCUACGCACACAACGUGGCCGCGCAGGGCAAGUACAUUGCCAUCGCCAGCACCACAGUGGAGACCACAGAUCCCGAAAAGGAGGUUGAGCCGGCCCUGGAGCUGCUGGAGCCCAUUGACCAGAAGUUUGUGGCCAUCAGUGACUUGUAUGAGCCCAUCGAUGACGGUUCCGAGAGCCAGGUGUUCUGUUCCUGUUCCUAUGACGCCACCACACACUUUGAGACAACCUGCAACGACAUCAAAGACAUCUACAAGCGCAUGGCAGGCUCCGCCUUUGACUUUGAGAACAUGAAGCGCAAACAGAAUGAUGUCUUUGGGGAAGCUGACCAGUGA